GUUGUCAACGCGUGGGAAGCGAUGCCCUUGGCGUCCUCCUUUCCGCUCUCAACGUUUCGUUCUGCCCACCCACGACGAUUUUCUCCAUCCUCCGCCUAACGUCCUUACCUUAACCCAGUCACUCUUUAUUUCAUUUCCAUCUUUGGAUCCCACCAUGUCUUCGAUAGAGGAGAAGGAUUUCAGCGGGAAGGAGGAGGUCAUUGAUAUCAACGACAGUCGACAGGAUCUGCCGUCGCCUGCAGUUGCACAAGUUCCGAAACCUAAGCCGAAGCUCUCGGCGACGAUGAUAAUACCUAUCUGGAUCGUGCUCAGCUCGUCCGUCAUCAUAUACAACAACUACUUGUACAACACCCUCUCGUUCAAGUAUCCGGUUUUCUUGGUGACAUGGCAUUUGACGUUUGCGGCUAUUGGUACACGGGUUCUCGAGAGGACAACCACCCUCGUUGACGGUGCAAAGGACGUCCACAUGUCUAAAGACAUGUUCCUGAAAUCCAUUCUGCCUAUCGGCCUAUUGUUCAGCGGCAGUCUUAUCCUCAGCAACACCGCUUACCUUUACCUCAGCGUUUCCUACAUUCAAAUGCUUAAGGCUUUUACUGCUGUUGCCAUCCUCCUCAUAUCAUGGUGUUUCCGCAUCCAAGAGCCCAACCGCAAGCUUGGCAUCAUCGUCGUCAUGAUUUCCUCCGGUGUUGCACUUGCCUCUCGUGGCGAGCUUAGAUUUAAUCUCCUUGGUUUCCUCAUCCAGGCGGCUGCGGUUGCUUUUGAAGCAUCAAGGCUAGUGAUGAUCCAGAUCUUGCUCCACGGUCUUAAGAUGGAUCCGCUCGUCUCAUUGCACUAUUAUGCGCCUGUCUGUGCCCUCAUCAAUCUCGUAGCAAUCCCAUUCACUGAGGGCUUUGAGCCAUUUUACGAACUGGCUCGGAUCGGCCCGCUCAUCUUGCUUUCCAAUGCACUCGUCGCAUUCCUGCUCAAUGUCGCGGCUGUAUUCUUGGUCGGCGUCGGGAGUGGUCUCAUUCUGACCCUCGCUGGAGUUUUCAAGGACAUUCUCCUUAUAACAGGAUCUGUGUUGAUUUUCGGUUCCACCGUCACCCCUCUCCAGAUUUUCGGUUAUUCGAUCGCGUUGGGCGGACUUAUACUUUUCAAAACGUCCGGUGGUAAAUAAAUCUCUCUCUACGGAUUUUUUGGUCUUUAUCGGCUGGUGUAACACCAUUCAACGACCUCCUGCGGCAGGAUACAGUUAAAUUACAUAGGAAGUAUACAUACUCAGAUCUUUUUUUCAUACUUGUACUCGCUAGUGUGCCAUUUGGCGUUCGAGUUGUACAAUUCUUGUCGUAGACGAAUAGACUUUAUAUAUGCACGGACAGAUGCUGUCGGAAUC